AUGAAGCUGGGAGCCUUCCUUCUCUUGGUGUCCCUUGUCACCCUCAGCCUGGAGGUACAGGAGCUUCAGGCAGCAGUGAGACCACUGCAACUUUUAGGCACCUGCGCUGAGCUCUGCAGAGGUGACUGGGACUGUGAGCCAGGGGAGAAAUGUCUCAGCAGUGGAUGCAGUAGCAUCUGUGCUACAAAUUAAGAACAGCUUCUGCCUGGAAAAAAUAUGCUGUCUGGAGCUUCGUGCCCAAGAAAGCAGUUGAAAAUGGAGGCCGUGGAUGAAGAUUACAAGGAGCACAGUGCAGAGGGACCAG